GGCUGUUUUCUGAUCCGGUUUAGAAGAUCACUUCCAAGACUGCUUUGACCAUUCUCAUUACAAGUUAAACUAGUUAGGAGUAAACUAGUUUUAGGAUGAUAGUGAGAAUGGUGUCUUAGAGACAGACAGAUAAGCAGAAAGAGAGAGAGAGAGGGGAUGAGAGAAAGUGAGAGAGAGUGAAUGAGAAAACUGCAGGUGAAAAUCCAAUGAUAAAAUGGAAGAAUAAUAUCUAACCAGUCAGACACGAAACAAAAAAUCAAUUAGCAGCAUUUGUUAACGAGCUGGCUCACCUAACGUCUAAUUGUUUUAGAGAAUCCCUGCUGGGGAGUGGCUGUGAGAUGAGGGGCGUUAUAUCCAAUGGUGCUACAAUCCACACAUUUAAUAUUGUCUCCUCAGUGGAGUCAUUAUUAAGGUGGGCGUUCAGGUCAGACAUCUGUUCCAUUGGACGGGUUGUACUUUUUAUUGCUUGCAAUUGUGGGAAGUUCGUCAAUCUGAGAUUAAGUGAGACAAUGUUCGCUCUCGAUCAUCCUUUCUGAUUACUGCUUCGUGAAUUAUUGUGGAUGAGUUUGGGAAAGUGAAGUGCUGGGUCGACGCCAGUGAACCAGGGACAGGAAACUGGAUGAAGUACGUGCGCAGCGCCCCCAAGCUGGAGAAUCAAAACAUGGUGCCAGUACAGGUGGAUGGCAAGGUCUUCUACAAGGCCAUUCAUAACAUAGGCACGGGUGAGGAGUUACUCGUUCUUAAAGAUGCAGCCUUUCCUGAUCAAGAAGGAAACCCAAUACAAAUCAUAGAAGAGAAGCAGUAUGAGUGCGAAGAGUGUCAAAACACUUUCAGGUCAAAGGUCGCGCUGAGGAGACACCAGAAGUAUGCUUGUAACAACGCCAACGCCAUUUUCUCCACUCUCAAUCAGGAGUUCAAAGCCAAUGCAGCAAUGGAGACUACCUUGCCAGUGACUGACGAGAGUCGUGCAAAUUCAAUGUCAGAGUGUUCAGACGAAAAACAGGAAGAGGUUGAAAGCAGACCCAACGAAGAGUUUUCUUGCAACGAAUGUGGUCGCACCUUUCACUGGAAAUCAGAUCUUAUCAAGCAUCAGGCGACCCAUUUCGGCGACAGGAUGUACCCUUGCGAGAACUGUGGAAAGUGUUUCUCUGAUCCCAGCAACCUGCACCGCCACAUCCGCUCACAGCACGAGGGUGCCAGAAGCCAUCCGUGCCCAGAGUGUGGCAAGACUUUUGCGACAUCCAGUGGCUUGAAGCAACAUACGCACAUCCAUAGCAGCAUCAAGCCGUUCACCUGCGAGGUAUGCUUGAAGUCCUACACGCAGUUUUCCAACCUCUGCCGACACAAACGCAUGCACGCCAACUGUCGCACCCAACUUAAGUGUGCCACGUGUGGCCAGACGUUCUCUACGGUCACCUCGUUGAACAAGCACCGCCGUUUUUGCCACAAUGCUCAGGUUUUCAACAGCCAGUUGAACACCUCGAUCAAUAGCCCUCACAACAAUCCAAGCUCGGGUGUCCUCUUGCGCGGAAACGCCCCUCUCCUCGGGAUGCCACCAUCUAGCGCCCUCUAUCAGGCUGGUCUUGCACAGAUGUGGAAUGCUAAUCUGCAACUCUCCCAACAGGCCCUGAUGCAGAACAACCUACUUUCUGGUUCCGGCAAUAGCAACGGUGUUAUCAGGGGACCAUAUCCUCUGACUUACCCAUCUCUUGCAGCCCACCCUUCCCUCUUGACAGGAAACCUGACACCUUCCGCUCUUGCAUCAGCCACAGAGAGUACCAACAAGAAUGCCAAAGGGAUGUCAACAGAGGAAUGGCUGCAACACUACACGUUGGGUGCAGGAAGGGACAGAGAGGGUAAGGACCAGACUAGGAAGAUCAAGAGGGAGAAAGAAGAUAGUGAAGAGAGUGAAGCCUCGGUCAGCACUCCAUGUGGAAGUGAGUUGGACUGCAGCUCCUACAGUGAUGUUGAGAGUGAAGCAGAUAUGGAAGUCACAAAGGCCAGAAGAGUGGCUGACUUCGUCAAGAAAGAAAUACCAGAGGACGAAUGUAUGAAUGAAAGUGGAAAAAUAUCACCUGCAGCAAGCGAAUCAUCCUUACAGAGGAAUGGUAGCAGUGAACCCAUCAAAGCCAUUGCAUCCAUAGCAGAUAGAUUCUUCAGUGCAAAUUCAGCAGGUGUAGGUUACGGCCUUCUUAAGAUGAAUCCCAUAUCAAGGUUAGGCAGUAAUCACUCCCCUCCAGCUUUCAAGAAGAUAGACAGUCCAGUCAAGAAACUAGAGCAAACCUUUGACCCAACCAAGAAUCUACUGAAACCCCACAAGCCUGAAGAAAGGAAAGUAGAUGAGCAACCAUUGGACCUGAGUGUACCAAGACCAAAGACCAAAUCCGCUGAUCUUCCAGACAAAGAAGAAAGCCACUUGAGGAGACCACACAUUUUUGGUAUCCCUUCUUCGCUCAUUAGCAAAACAGCAGACAUCCCUGUCAGUGUGGCUUUCUCUUACCCAGGAUCACUUCCUUUGACCAUGGACCCAAUCUACAGGGUUCAGAACGGCCAUGGACCCCCUCCAGAUAAGUACCAAAGGAUGGACAAUGGAGAGAAAGUUCCUGCUGUCCCUAUUCCACUACCUCAUUUCCCUCCAAUGCCUAAAAUUGAUUUUUAUGCUGCAAAUAAGAAUCUGAUGAAGUUCAGGGGUCUCCCAUCUCACCAAGCCUAUGCUUUGAACAGCACCAUGAUGUAUUCAGGGUCCAGUCCAUCGGACAAGAUGGUCAUCCGCAGCAAGGAUCGCUACACCUGCAAGUACUGCGGCAAGCUUUUCCCUCGAUCGGCCAACCUCACUAGGCAUCUGCGUACUCACACGGGAGAGCAGCCCUACUCUUGCAAAUAUUGUGACCGAUCCUUUAGCAUCUCCUCCAAUCUUCAACGCCACGUCCGCAACAUCCACAACAAGGAGAAACCCUUCAAGUGUCCUCUCUGCGAUCGUUGCUUUGGCCAGCAGACCAACCUUGACCGCCACCUCAAGAAACACGAGAGCGAAGACUUCUCGGGAGAUUCUCAGACGCCAGAGAAGAUAAACGGUGAAGAUAGACCACUCCCCUUGAAGAAAAGUGGUGAUUGGUCCGAUGAGCUCAGCGAGAAAGACGAGGCCUACUUCACUGAAAUAAAAAACUUCAUUGGAGUAGCGGAGAUGAAAGCUCGACGGGAUCUCAUGCUAAGAGAACAAGAGGAGAAGAUGGCAAUUGACAGGAGCAAAGACAACAUUGCAAAAGAUGAGGGUGGCCAUCCAGAAAGGGAGUAUGAUGAGGGUGAACCAGAAGAGGAGAAGCAACGACGCGAGAUGAAGCUCAAGUUGAAGCUUCCAUUCCAGGAAUCUGCUGACCAUUCCAAGGUCAUGAUGGAAACGGACCUGUACCGUGACGAUGAGGAUGACAGCAUCCCUCGUACUCCGGACUCCGAGCAAGACAUGCAGUCAGAAGAUGCCAUGUCUGUGUCUGAGUACCAAGACGAAGAUGACAAAGAUGACGAUGCGUCUUCGACAGCCCAGCCGGAUAGCUUGGGAGGAGAUGACGAGACUGGAGACCUUGAAAGGUCGCAGAUAAACGGACGACACUCAAAACUCCAGGCAUAUUCUCUUAUGAUGGCUCUGUCAGAAGAGGAGCGUAAAAAGAACAUUCUAUCCAAGGGACAACCAUUACUCUGCCCUCCCCAACAUACAGCUGCCGUUAUUUAAAAUCAUCUCUGAUGUUGCUCCUCUUACUAACAAAACCUACAUCCUUUCCAUAUCAUUUUGAUAUUCUCUGUUUGCUUAAAAAGCAGGUAACCUAUUCCCAAAAUUCAAAUUUUUUUUAUAUAAAAAAAACUGAACUUUUGUGUAAUAGAUGCACAUAUCUAAAUUAAUGACUAUCCUGUACAAAGACAGGUGACUCUUCAACUUGUCUGUACUCAACUAGUUGAUAAAACUGGCUGUGUUUCGUGAGUUACGAAUAACUACAGAUGACUGGUGAUCCUUUCUUGCGAUACACAAUAUGUCCCUAUGUAGCUGACCCAGCACUUAAGAACAUGCUCCAGUCUGCUCAACUUCAGGAAACAGGUUUGUGAAACCGCCACCAGGUUCAUUGAUGCUGUGCCCUUAUUAGCAAUUCUGUCGCAGUAGGGCAGUAUUACUGGGCCAGUUUACAUUAGGUUUACCAGGACAGGAUAACUUGUGUGCGGUACUUCCAAUUACUAAAAUUAUCAGAUAAAUGUAAUGGCACAUAUUUUGAAGUCAGGUAUAACUUAGACCAUGGUCUAACUCUGUGCGAAAAUUAUGGGAAGCCAAGAGUGUCAAAAUUUGUACUAAGUUGUAUGUUCCUUAUGUUUACUGUGCUCUUUCGUGAUUCAUCGAUGAUGAAGACAAUCAUCUAUAUUUCCUAGACAAUUAUGAAUGAUUUGAGAGCCACAUGAGCUGAAAUAUGAAAUCUCUACUGUUAGCAAUUUGUGAAACACUUGGCUAUCCAUACUUUAACCACAACUUUAAACCUGACUUCAGAAUGCGGGCCAACAAGUUUAAAAAGUGAAGUUAUGUUCUUUAAAAGGAUGAAUGAAAUUUAGAUAUUCCAAUUAUCUAUUUCCAUCGUUGAUUCUUAACUCAAUAAUUAAAAAAAAAAUGAAAUUGCAUAUAACUGAUUGAUUGUAUUCAAUAAAUGCCGGCAUCAAAAUCAAAGUCCGUGCUGAUCACGAUAACCCAUUGUGGCACCUCUACUAAAUGAUUGCUGUCUCUUAUUGAAAUAUCAUUGGCUGAAUAAUAAACUGAAAUGGGUUUUUUUUUGGUAAACAAUUUUUGAAGUGAAAUAAUGUUUUAGGCUGAUUAAUUCCCAUAUUUUAGAUUAUAGUCAAUCUAUAACAGGACAUAUCUAGAAAAAGCUGAUUAGACUCACGUUAGAAGAUUUUGGCGUGGAUAAGGAACCUUUAAGGUCACUUACCUUUUUUUUAGUUCAGAUAUUAACCGCAUCCUUUGCAUGAGACAUGAUCAUGCUCAUUUUUAAUCCGAGAGAUGGUAUUCAAUACAGUUUUCAUUUUUACUAUGAAAGUAUUCGUUUUUACCAAUGCAGGUCACAAUAAAUUCAUAAAGGCUAUAAUAAGCCUCAUAUGGUGUUUGACAAUCAGAUUUCUGUAUUCAAAAAUAGUGAAGAGAUUUUGUAUCCACUCUCUGACAUUUUGUUCUUUGCGAUGAAUGUAGCAUAUACUUUAUUUAUGAAAAAUUGUAAAUAGGAAUCUAAUGACAGAUUUUGCCAUGUUCAUUGUUUCUACUGUACAUAUUUACUAUUUAUUAGGAAGGAUAAUGAUUAGUAUUUGCAAAUGAAUGAUUCUUUGUGUUUGUAUGUUUAAGGGAAAUGUCACUGUAUUGCCAAUUUGACCAUCUCUACUGAUACUGAUCGUGCCAAAUGAAUCAAAAUGAAAUACGGCUAACCCCCUUCUAAUGUAAGGUGAUAUAUUCCAAUGAAUUAUGAAAAAAAGUCUAUUCGAGGGAAACAUAUUAUAGGGAGAAUAUAUUGUAGUUCACUUAUAGCUGAAAUGUAUUCAAAAGUGCUCUUUGAGACAUGUAAAAUGAAAAGUGCCUUUCCAGAUGUUGCUUUCUUGUCAAAUUAGGGAAAAUAGUUUUGACAAAUCUAUAAAUACUGGACUGCCCAUGAAUAUUUCUUCAAAGUAUUCAGAUAUAAUGAAAUUGAAUGCAACUUAACAGGUUGUAUUGAAAAAAUUGCAUAUUGACAAUCUGAUUUUCUCUAGCUGAAUAGAGUGUUCACUAUUUGAUAUAAAUUAUUGAUUUCAUGUUUUUUUGGUUAAAUAAAAAAGGCUUUGUGAUGCUUAAUUAUUUAACAUUGUACAGGAAUACAAUGAAUGUAUUUUCAAACAUUUCCUGUAGUGAAUGAUCAGAAUUAAAAUAAUUCAUUUUUGUUCCCCCUGGUAGGAGUUUAUUGAGCUGUUGUGUUAGGCAAGAUUGAAAUGAAAGAGCCAUAUUUCCCAAAGUGAUAUGAUUUCAUCAAGUGAAAAUGAGAUAGAGAGAGGCCAGCUGCUCUGCUUGUCUGUCGUUCUACUUGUCACUUCUGUGUGAAAACUCAAGAAAGCUACAAAUCAGAACUUAACUUGAUUGAAAAAAAAUCAAAGCAUAAUAAUGAUAAAUUGGUACUUAUAUAGCACAUAAUCAAGUAAAUACAUACAAAUCAUACAAAUUGCUCUGCAUUUUAUAUUGAAUUUUUACAUUUAUUGUGUUUUUAUUCAUUAUAAAGAUAAGUAAAUAAUCAAAUAGUAUGGAAAAGGGAUGAUUACAAAAUCUGCUUUUAAAUCAAAUAGCAUGAUAUUGCAUUUAGUAUUUUACACUUAUGAUAAUGAAUAAUUAAUUGAAAUUAUGACCAAAAAUUUACCUGAAUUUUCCCUUAUUCAUUUCAUUGUUAUGAAAGAAAGCCAUUGUAAAAGUAUUUUCUGAUGGAUGGUUCACUAGUCUUGCCUUCAUGCUUUGUUUUUUAUUUUUCAUUUAUUUAUACAACUUUUCCCUGUGAAGAUAACAGUAAAUAGGUCACAGAUUUUUGACACUGUGGGCUGAUAAAUAGGUUGUGCUUACACUUAGUAUGUAAUAUGUGAUAGAAUGCCGCUGUUUUGACGAAACAGAAGUUACUGAUAAUGGAUGAUUUAAAAAAAAAAUGUUUUAAUCAUCUUUCAGA